AUGAGUCCGAUAACGUCCAAAUCGGCGAAUGGAAUACGACAACGAAUCCAGAUUGUGAAUAUUUCAACAAGGGCGAACAGCAUUGUGCUCCUGAACGUCGAGAAAGAUAUAUACCAUUACUUAGUUCAUCCGAAAUAUGAGAAACAACCAUUGAAUUACGAUAUAGCUCUAUUGAGGCUGGAAGAGAGUGUAAGAUAUACGGAAUUGAAGGUUUUAGAUAUCAAUGAAUGCAACACCAUUGGAGGAACAAAUGAAAAUCAAAUAUGCGUGAAAGGUGCAAAAGGUGCAGAUAGCUGUAGCGACGACUCCGGUGGACCACUCAUGCUUAAGCAAUCACAUAGUGGCAAGACAGCGUAUUAUUUAAUUGGUGUGGUCUCAUUCGGUUUAGGCGGUGAAUGCGGCGAUAUCGGAACCAAGGGUAUCUACACGCGUGUCGUUAAUUUUAUGGAUUGGGUAGUAGAAAAUACACAUGAUUCGUCAGGAAACAUUAGAUCAAAAUUUUAAAGUUCUUCCUUCCUAAUUACUAAGUGAUGUACAUAGCUUCUAAGAUGUAGUUUAAAAAAUUAUAGCUUUGUAUUUAUAAUUACGUAUAGCACGUAUUGAAUUUACUAAUAAAUAAAUUUAUAUAUUUAUUAUAACCAUUUAACCUCA